AUGAGUAAGGCAGAGAAAGAAAGCGAGAGGGGAAAACUAAUAGCAGGUUUUCUGUUUCAUAUCUGUCGUGCUAGAAUUGAAAGUGGGAAAUAUAGAUUACAACAUAUCCGGGCGCGCGAGAGAGAAAAGAAUAGGAGAGUACCCUGCAAUUUUCUUUCUAAGACGGGUUUGCCAAACGUCUCUGCCCGAGUUAAGCAGGUUCUCCGAAGCACCAGGAACACUGAAGAACGCGCGAACGCAAUGAUACGGAUUUUGGUAACAUGGGUGUCCAUGGUGUCCAUCACCGGCAUGGCGGCUGGUGCCCGCGGUGUGCACGGGAUGAGUAUGUUCGCGGCUCAGUCGUCCCCCCCGGACCCGUGUUACGACGAGAACGGCAACCCCAGACGUUGCAUCCCCGACUUCGUCAACUCCGCGUUCGGCAAGGACGUGCGCGUCUCCAGCACCUGCGGCACUCCUGCGUCCAGGUACUGCGUGGUGACCGAGAAAGGCGAUGAAAGAUCCAGAGACUGCCACAUUUGCGACGCCGCGGACCCCAAGAAGUCUCAUCCACCCGCUUAUCUGACGGACCUCAACAACCCUCACAACCUCACGUGCUGGCAGUCGGAGAACUACGUGCAAUAUCCACAAAAUGUGACGCUGACGCUGUCCCUCGGCAAGAAGUUUGAGGUGACUUACGUGAGCCUGCAGUUCUGCUCGCCUCGACCCGAAUCCAUGGCCAUUUACAAGUCUAUGGAUUAUGGGAAAACGUGGGUGCCUUUCCAGUUCUACUCGACCCAGUGCAAGAAAAUGUACAACAAGCCGAGCAAAGCGGCAAUAACGAAGCAGAACGAGCAGGAAGCGAUUUGCACGGAUUCGCAUACAGAUAUGCAGCCGUUGACAGGUGGGCUCAUCGCGUUCAGCACCUUGGAUGGCAGACCCUCGGCGCACGACUUUGACAACUCACCCGUCCUUCAAGACUGGGUCACGGCCACCGACAUCAAGGUGACGUUCAACCGAUUGCACACGUUCGGGGACGAAAACGAGGACGACUCGGAGCUCGCCAGGGACUCGUAUUUUUACGCGGUGUCAGACUUGCAGGUCGGUGGUCGGUGCAAGUGUAACGGGCACGCGUCGAAGUGCGUGAAGGACCGGGAGGAUAACCUGGUGUGCGAAUGCAAGCACAACACGGCGGGACCGGAGUGCGACAGGUGCAAACCUUUCCACUACGACCGGCCGUGGCAACGAGCGACUGCCAGAGAGGCGAACGAAUGCGUCGCCUGUCACUGUAACUUACACGCCCGUCGCUGCCGCUUCAACAUGGAGUUAUACAAGCUAUCGGGACGCAGGAGUGGAGGGGUUUGUCUCAACUGCAGACACAAUACUGCCGGACGUCACUGCCACUACUGUAAAGAGGGUUACUACAGAGACAUGACCAAAGCCAUCUCACACAGACGGGCCUGUAAAGCAUGUGAUUGCCAUCCGGUUGGUGCAGCUGGUAAAACCUGUAACCAGACAACCGGGCAGUGCCCAUGCAAAGAUGGCGUGACUGGCAUCACCUGCAACCGCUGCGCUAAAGGCUACCAGCAGAGCCGUUCGCCCAUCGCCCCCUGCAUCAAAAUACCUGUUGCCGUACCUACGGCCACCUACACCAGUCCAGAGGAGCCAACAGACUGUGACUCGCACUGCAAGACCUCCAAGGGCAAAAUGAAGGUCACCAUGAAAAAAUACUGCAAAAAAGAUUUCGUGGUCCAGGUUCACGUGCUGAAGGGAGACAAGGCAGGCGAAUGGUGGAAGUUCACCAUCAACAUCAUCUCCGUGUAUAAGCAGGGCGGACAGCGCAUCCGCAGAGGAGACCAGCUCCUGUGGGUUCGCGCUAAAGACGUGGCGUGCAAGUGUCCGAAAAUCAAACCGGGCAGGAAGUACCUGCUCAUGGGCUCCGAUGACGACGACGACUCCCGCAGUCAGAGCGGCGUGGUGGCAGACAAGGGCAGCCUUCUCAUCCCCUGGAAAGACCUGUGGGCCCGUCGGCUCCGGAAAUUCCAGCAGCGCGACAAGAGGGGAAAGUGCUAAAGGAGAAACGCGAGAGAUUAAAAACAGGAGUAGAUAAAAUAUUGACCCAGGCACCUACAUGUCGGAUGGUUGUUUGAUGUGAACUGCGCCGAAGGACGACCCGUUCUGCAGUUUUGCCUUCCGUUGUUUGUCGUUUUAUUUCCCAUCCAGAUUUUAUUUUUUCAUACCUUCAAGUUUGCAGAAUUUGCACCUACUAUUAAGUCUACAUGUAUGUAAAGUGGUUUAUGUGUGAUGGUGUCUCUAUGAUUUCUGUCUUUCUCAAAGGAUGAAACAAGCUACUGAGUCAGUUGACCUGUGUGAAAGCGCUCCUUCAGAGUCAUUGGUCUGAAUAUUUCAAAGCUCACCUUACAUGAAGUGGGGUCCAAAAGUCUAGGAUAUGCUUCAGUUUUUCUUAUUUAACAAUUUUAUUGUCAGCAUAACACUUUGUAUGAGUUCCUGUAGCUUAAACUGUAGAGCAAACAUCUAACAAUGCCAAGAUCAUGGGUUUCUAUUCCCAGGAAAUGCAUGUACUAUAAAAUGUAUUAUGUGUACCUUAAAUGUAAAAUUAAAAAUAUAUACAUAUAUAAUACAAUUUCUUAUUAAUGCUAAAAGAAAGAAAUCUAAAAAGAAGGUGAGAGUAGUUUGUGAGUAGAGCUCAAAUUCGCAUUGUGACCUUUGGACCCCGCUGUACAAUAUCUAUAGUUUCAUGAGAUGACAACAUUUGAUAUGAUGGAAAAAUUGAUGCCAAUCUGUCAAGCCAAAAUUAAAUGUGUUCAACUUUGACACUUUCUCCAAUCUUUUGACAAUACCUCAAUGUUUCUAUUCAAGUAUUUUGAUUGGUUCAAAUGGCAUGACAUCAUCAUGUUUCUUUGGCGCCAAAAGCUGAGCUGCUACUUUUGGCCUUUUAUACUAACUGUGGGGUAGUUUAGAGUCUAGAAUAUAAAUAGAAUGUUAUAUUUAACCACUUUGUGAUUUUUGAUGUGAAAAAGAAAAAUAUUUUUCAAUUACAACAAGCAAAAUAUUAUGGAGAAUAAAUUUCCCGCACUGAAUUAAAUUGAAAAUUGGAAAUAGGUAAAUGGGGGGGGUUAAGUUUAAAAUCCAAGACGAUUAAGAAAAGUGUGGUCAGACUUUACUGCGGUAAAGUUUAGUGAUAGAAUGAUGCAGAAUGGCUUUGUUCAGUGAUAUAUCAGCAUUCAGAGCCUCGCCUUUUCCUCGGCAUGAUUAAAUCACUUCCAGUAUUUUCGUUGAAUUGUAUUCACAGCUAUUUUUAUCUUUUAUCAUAACUGAACGAGAUACAGUGAAAUGGCUCUUUUUAUGUAGUUAAACAAACAACUUUGUGUUAUCACUCACGUGGUACCUUCGUAUGUUCUGGUACUUCACUGCGGUGAUAUGCUCUACUGUUAUUUGUAUAGUUGUAUAGUUUUUUUUCUUCCUUUUUGUACAAUAUUUAGUAGAUUAUAUUCUCAUGCAAUUAACCAUUUUUAUGCCAUGAACUUGAUAUUUUGGAAAGAAAAAGAUGUUUAGGUUUUCUUUGUUUACAUUGAGUUAAUAGUGUAGAGAGGGGGAUGUACUAUAUAUAUAUAUAUAUAAAUAUAUAUAUGUGACACACACACACACAACAUUAACAUGCAGUCACUGUCCGGCUAUGAAACUCAGACUGUGGCUACAAAAACUCACCUACAGUCUGGUCUCCUGGAGACUCAGACCUCACACGUAGACUCUGACCAGUUUUCCUGCCGUUUGGAAAAUGACUCUGUUGAACAGAUUUUUAAUGAAGACAUUGACAUGAUUCUCCUGUAUAUGAUGUUUACUGUAUUCUUUGCAAACGCUGUGUAUUGUCCCGUAAUUCGUACUAAUAUAUUAUGAUCUCAUAAAUGAACGUAUUUAAUGACACAUGAACUCACAUGACGUGUUUUAUCUUUGGUCCCAAAUAUUGUACAUAUAAAGUAUUUUUAAAUGUAGCCACAGCGCAAUGUUAAUCAGAAAAA